AUGAGUUUGAAUCUUCCUUCGCGGCGCCUGCUAAGGUCUGCCGCAGUUCUUACGACAUCCCAUCCACCUAUCGCCGUCCUCGUCCCAUUAUAUACCAACCAGCGAAGAUCGCUAUGGGACAACUUCUCAAAGCGUCUCGACGAUGCAAAGAGGAUGCUCACGCCGAGCAAGGCCUCCAAGAACCCCUUGACAGAGGAAUACCUGAAGAAGAGAUCAGAUACCCAGCGACAACAACAGCCUGAGCGAGGAGAUAUCACACCAGCGUCUAUCUUCAAAGAUGAUAAUACAAGACAUAGACAAGGCGGCGAGGAAAAUAAAAUUGUACCUAGAAGCCCCAAAAUAAUGGCCAGAGCACUGGACGCAAAUCCCAGAGCUACCAUUGCGUGGAAACGGAAGAAGGUAAUACAGGAGGUCAGAAAACGAGGGCGUUUGACCAAGGAGCAAACGUUGAAGAGAACGGAAAGGGUGCUAUUGUCAAGGAGUCAUGAUUUCAAGACUUCAGUGAAGAAAUUGGUUCCUUUGGCUAAGCAAAUCGCGGGCAAGACGGUGGAAGAUGCGAUCAUUCAGAUGAGAUUCUCAAAAAAGAAGGCUGCGAAGGACGUCAAAGAGCAUCUGGAGCAUGCGAAGAAUGAGGCUAUUCUAAAGAGGGGUAUGGGGUUAGGGAAGGUCGCAAGAACAUCCACUGAAAAUUUCAAGACGCGAUAUAUCGUGACUAAGGAUAGGAAGAGAGUUAAGGUGGAGGAUCCGACUACGCUAUAUGUUGAUGAGGCUUGGUGUGGAAAGGGAGACUGGACCCCAGAUUACGAUUACAGGGCGAGAGGAAAUGUUAACAUCAUGAAGAACAGGACAACGAGUCUUUCGCUUGUGUUGAAGGAAGAGAAAACUCGCAUUAGACUUCAUGAAGAGCGGGAUGAGAAGCUCAAGAAGAAAAAGGUCUGGGUUCAAUUGCCCAAUAGACCUGUGACUGCACAAAGACAGUUCUACUCAUGGUAG